AAUGAUGAAAACAAUUUAACUUCCCAAAAAUCUUAGUACACUCAACGAUAUUCUACCAACAAAAAAGUACUACAAUGAAAAUAAAGAAAAUGAAUAUGAAUCAGUUAGAUAUAGCGUUUAAGCUUCUAAACUAAUGCCAAUAAAUAGAAAAUCCGUCUUUAAUUCUUGCAUUGAAUAUGAGAAAAGAUUCUACAGAAUUUCUUCUGUUCAUGAAUAAAUACUGCCAACCCUACCUUCUGAAUACAAAUAACCAAAAAUGUUAUCGAGACGUAGGCCUAGUAGUUAAUAUAAAGAAGAGGAUAUAAAUUUAGAAAGAAGAGCCCAAGCCAUUGUCCCAAGAAAAUAGUUACAAAAAUAAUUAUUUGAAUAGCAUCCUUUGCCCAAACCUAUUCUAAAGAAAUAAAUGAGCAAUCUUCCUCAUUUAUACCGCAAAGUAAAUGAUUCUGAAAGAUAAGAAAAUAAUAAAUCAAAAUAUCAUUAAUCUCCAAAUAAUUAGGCCCGUAGGAAUAUUAGAAAAUAAAUUACUACAUAAUAAUGA